CAUGCCAGCAUUAGCGCAUUCCCAAGGCACAGAGGGCUAAUUGUGGCAACUCCACAAAUCACAAGAAUAAAACACCGACACUGUCCCUGAGAAUGUGAAACCGGUGUGACUUUGCAGACGGUCCCUAAGCAGAUGGGCGCUCCCCUUGUUUCUUGGCGCUGAUGCAGACAGCCAGAAGCAUCUAGCUGGACGUAGCCUACACUACAGAAGGUACUGAAAAGUAAUGCUUUGACAGUGUCCAGGCUUUGCUGAGAACCAGGCCAUUGUCAUGGCGGCACAUUCUGAUUUGUUGGGCACAGAGAAGCCCAUGUUUGAGUCCUUGGAGCUGGACAUCCUGGGUGUGGAGGAAAACAGCACAGUGGAUAGGUGUUACCACUCACACUCACGCAGCAGUGUCCUGCAGGGCCUGCCCUUUGGAGGAGUGCCUACUGUCUUCACCAUCAACCUCGUCCUCUGGCUGUUCCUGUUGCUGGUUUUCUCCUGUCUGAGGAAGGCUGCGUGGGACUAUGGGCGUCUGGCUCUGCUGAUGGAGAAUGACAGCUUAACAUCGCUUUUCUAUGGAGAACAAAGUGAGAAAGAGAAGUCUCCUUCUGAAUCGAGCCCCUCAGACUCUGAGACCAAAGACAUGGGCUUCUGCUCCUGGCUCUCAUCUCUCUACCACAUGAAGGACGAGGAGAUCCGCAGUAAGUGCGGACCCGAUGCAGUGACAUACCUGGCCUUCCAGCGCCACAUCAUUCUGCUGAUGGCAGUGGUGUGUCUGCUCUCGCUCACCAUCAUCCUGCCUGUCAACCUCUCCGGCAGCCUCCUUGAUGACAACCCUCAAAAUUUUGGUCGGACGACUGUGGCAAACGUGCCAGCACAGAACAGUUUUCUGUGGUUGCACAGCAUCUUCGCACUUCUGUACUUUGUGAUUACAGUACUGUGUAUGGCCCACCACUCCUCACGACUGGAAUACAAAGAGGAUGAGAAGGUUGCCAGAACUCUAAUGAUCACCAGCAUUCCCAGAGAGAUAUCUGAUCCGGGCCUGAUCGCUAAACAUCUUCAUGAGGCCUACCCCAGCUGCACAGUCACAGACAUCUGCUUCUGUUUCGACGUACAAAAGUUAAUGAAGCUCGACUCAGAGAGGCGAAAAGCAAUGAAGGGGAGGAUGUAUUUCACUACCAAGUCUCAGAAAGAAGGAAGGAUCAUGAUAAAGACUCACCCCUGUGCUCAGAUCCUCUGCUGUGAUAUGUGUGGCUUUGAGCAGGUUGAUGCAGAACAGUACUAUAGUGAAUUAGAGGAGAAGCUUACAGAUGAGUUUAAUGCAGAGAAGAAUCGUAUCACCAUGAAGAGACUGGGCAUUGCCUUUGUCACCUUCAGAGAUGAGAGGAUGACUGCAGUCAUCGUGAAGGACUACAGUAGGACACGUUGCCGUCGGAGACUGCAGCAGUCCAGCAUCACUACAGUAGUGCGCUCACACCAGUGGGGCGUCCGCUAUGCCCCCGCUCCCAAUGACAUUAUCUGGGAGAAUCUGUCAGUGUGUGGCUCUCGCUGGUGGCUCCGCUGCGUCCUCCUCAACAUCUUCCUCUUCCUCCUUCUCUUCUUCCUCACCACUCCUGCAAUCAUCGUCAACACUAUGGAUAAGUUUAACGUCACUCGCCCAGUGGAAAGUCUGCAGAAUCCAGUGAUCACACAGUUCUUCCCCACUCUGCUCCUGUGGGCUUUCUCUGUGCUGCUGCCCUUCAUCGUCUAUUACUCUGCCUUCUUCGAGUGUCACUGGACGAAGUCCAGUGAGAAUCAGACCACCAUGCACAAAUGUUUUCUACUGCUGAUCUUCAUGGUCAUUAUUCUACCUUCUCUCGGUCUAUCCAGUUUGGAUUUUUUCUUCAGGUGGCUCUUCGACAUUCACUUCAUGGAUGAGAAAGAUGUGAAGUUCCAGUGUGUGUUCUUGCCUGAUAAUGGAGCGUUUUUCGUAAACUAUGUCAUCACAUCGAGCCUGAUUGGCACAUCGAUGGAGUUGCUGCGGAUUCCUGCGCUGCUGGUGUACUCGCUGCGCCUCUGCUUCGCCAAGUCAAAGGCUGAACGCAUUCACGUUAAACGAAGUCAGGCCUAUGAGUUCCAGUUUGGGUUAGAAUAUGCCUGGACCAUGUGCAUCUUUUCCAUGAGUAUGACCUACAGCAUUACCUGCCCUGUCAUUGUACCAUUUGGGUUAUUGUAUCUGAUUCUGAAGCACAUGGUGGACCGCUAUAAUAUCUACUAUGCCUACAUCCCCACCAAGCUCAGCCAGCGCAUCCACUCAGCUGCUAUCAGUCAGGUGCUGGUGGCACCCAUACUCUGCAUGUUCUGGCUGCUCUUCUUCUCCGUGCUGAGAUUUGGUCCAAUGCGACCAAUCACUCUCUUCACAUUCGUAUCUUUACUUUUCUGCAUCGUCUUCUCCUUCUUUGGCCUCUGUCUGAAAAAACUGCAGCCUGACAGACUGACAAGCUAUCAGAUGUCUGACCAAACAACAGAAGGAGCCUACAGUGAUACAGAGAGAAGCACUGCGUCCACCAUGACCACUGCUAAUCUCUUUAUAGCGUCGGUUCUGCUGGAGCCGGAGCUGGGUCUGACCCCCAUGCCCUCUCCCGCCCACCAGAGUUAUGGCACUAUGGGGAACAGCCAAGGUCCGGACCAUGAGGACGAGGGGGCAACAGAGAAGGACCUGGAGGAGACACUGGAGACUGAGCUCCAGGAUGCCCCCCCAGACCCCUGCUGCUCCAGCCCACUCAUGGACAGCCCCAUGGACUACCAGUAAUGGGCCUAUAGCCAGCGCUCCCACCAAAACCUGAAGCCCCAAUGCCUCACCUUAGCUAGAGGCUGACACAGAGGCACUAUGCUGCAUUUUUUUUUGUCCUCAAAAACCUCCGUUUAAGAAGUGAAUCUGGCACAGUGAGGGGUUUGUGUAGCCUCUCUUGGUGUUUGCUUUCUACCCUGCCUUCUGUCUUCUCCUUUUCUCUUCUGUUUUUCUUGGGUUUGCAUUGCGGCUGCCGGCGUCUGGCACUUUGGCCGACGGAAGCUUGGAAAACUGGACCUUGUGCUUUGGAGGAGUAUUUCCUCGGCCCUGUUGAGGUCAUGCCCUUGCUCUGUGCAUUUUUUUUCUAAGCUCUCGCAGUGCGGCUCCCAAAAACUUGAGACAGUGGACUUCUGUUAUGGUCAGGAUGUUAGUAAAACUGGACGUAACUGGACAUGGGAAGGAAUGUAUUUGGAUCUGUUAAUAGCUAUCAUUCAUCUUGCUGUUCCUAGUGUAAUGUAAGGCUGUUGAUGUCUUUUUUUACUUGCUACUUGGAUUUUAUGUAACAGUGUAACAUUUUUAUCGAGGGAGUAUUGUGCUUUACUACUGUUAUUAUUAUUCUUAUUAUUCUUAUUCUUAUUCUUCUUCUCAUUAUUAUUGUUAUUAUUAUUUGAGAUAUGUAACCAGGUGAGUCUGGGUGUGUUUGUAACCAUUGAUUCACAGAGGGUAUUUUUCUUUCUCUUUUGUUGCAGCAAGUGAGGGUGCAUAAACCAUCCAUUGGUCAUUGACCCAAACACUACACGUAUGGUGGUAAUCAUAAUUUUUUUUUUUAUUUCUGUUUACUCAUUAGAGAUUGCGCUACACCACUUUUUCUUUUCUGAUACCAGUACCGAUUUUAAAAUCUUGAGUAUUGGCGAAUGCUAAAAACAAUUCGAUAUUUAUUCCUUAAAAACUAUUUAGCUUUAAAACAAGCUAUUUUAAUCAAAGUGCUUCACUUAAAAUGAGCAU